CUUUUUGUGACUCGGAGGUGACUUCGUUGUAAACCACCGCAAGGAAAGUGACUACAAGAGAAAAGUAGCUUCACUUAUGUAGUAACUUGAGACCACUGUUUCUGGCAAUCAGAAACAAGUCAAAAGAAUAAACAAGAUAGCAGCAGGAGAAUCAAAGCCAAAAGUAAUGUGUCAUCAACUUUUAUUUGCUGCUCAUGCAUUUGGAGAUUGCAGGUAAUCGUGCCUGAGUUGCACCACUGCUGAUUCGGCACCUUAAUAGAUUUUGAUUGUACCUGGUUUUACAGAGUCCUACGUGUGCCACAAAGCAGUCACAGCAUUAGUGUCAUGUAUGGUGCAGAAACCGAGCACUAUCUUGCCCUGCUAUACCAGUUUAUAGACACCUGUCAUAAUGGCGCAUGAUGACAGUGGCUACAAGAUAUCAUCAGAACAAACCUCCUUGACAUCAUUUGAAGCAAUUGAGGAAGCAGAUGUGCUUCACUGGAUAAAUGAUCCGAAUGGACCAGGCAUCCUUAGUCGACAUAAUAGCACGAAUGAUUCAGAACUGUACAGCAGCCCUUCUGAGAGACCAGAGUUGUACAAUGGCCGCAUACUACUGGUCCUCACUUCCAGUGGCUUCUGGUGGUCUCAGGGAUUUGAUCUGGAGUCAUGUGAGGAAAAUCUUGCCAGAUUUGGAGUUCAGGUGCCACCAGAAGAUUAUGAGCUACCCAUUCGAGCAUCCCUAAUGAGCGCAGAAGUAAGACGAUACAUGUAUUUUAGUUCCACCGGCUUCAUGAUGCUGCUUGCACCAGUAUUUUAUCUGGCAGCAUGGUGUUGUCUCUUUUCAACUUUCCACCUCUACCUGGACACGUAUGUGAAGAGCUUCUUUUGGGCCUAUUGCCUUCUAAUCAGCAUCAUCGCUGUACUUUUGACCACCAUCCUCCUUCUCCUCCUGCACCGGCACAAUCAAAAGAUUAAUGUGAACACAGAUAUGCGACUCAUCUGGGUCAAUGAGAACCUUGUGAAGUACAACAUUUUGGUUGGUGUAGUGGAUGUAACAAAACAUUGCACAAGUAUGCUUCAUCUCUGCUUUGUGUACUUUGAUGUUAAAGAGUGUGAGAGGAGACUCACUUCUUUGCUGGAACAACGACAUCCGACAGCAUCUGGAUUUCAGUCCCUUUUGAAUCAAAAGCUAGGCCAUCUCUGCAUCAUCAUAGAAACAAAUCAAUCCAGUCCUCUGAACAACAUCAAGGCAGAUUCUGAAGAAACUCCACUAUUAUCAGGGAACGAUAAGGACACUCGCAAGAACUGUAAUCAACAAACACAGCAUGUUUUUAACACCCUGAAAUGCCUUGUACCUAAAGGCACAGCUCAGGAAGUAGCUUAUCAAUUGCUGGUCACAUACAGUGGAGUUUAUGUAAAACUACUUGCAUCGCAACAGCUUCCUCUCAUCAAGUCUUCCAUUCAUACCAAAGAUGCACAAGUUCCCUGCCUUUGUCAGUACAUAGCGACUUCAAUACUGAACCUGUCAAACUGUGAAUGAAGUAAUCAUCUUCAAAUCUGAACUUUUCAACCUUUGAACAACUGACAUUCUUUUCAGAGGCAAUAAUAUUGGGCUUUGAACACAAAUCAAUUUAAAUCAGUGACCAGGUUGUGUUUUUUAUGACCUUGCAACAGUUUUGUGAAAAUAAUCUGUCAAACAGCUGCUAAUGCACUGAGGGCCAAUGAGCUUUCCCUUCAAUGCCCACAGCUAGCUUGCUCCAAAACAAAAACAAAGCACAGAGAUAAUGGGAACUGCAGAUGCUGGAGAAUUCCAAGAUAAUAAAAUGUGAGGCUGGAUGAACACAGCAGGCCAAGCAGCAUCUCAGGAGCACAAAAGCUGACGUUUAUCUAGGCCCGAAACGUCAGCUUUUGUGCUCCUGAGAUGCUGCUUGGCCUGCUGUGUUCAUCCAGCCUCACAUUUUAAAAACAAAGCACAGGUUGCAUUUACUUAAACAGGCAGAAGUGCAAUUGCUAUCGCAAAGCUGAUGAUGCAUCCAGUGGAGAAAUCAUUGAGUCUCAACAUGCCUCCUUUCUUUUCUCAUGGGACCUAACAGUGGAUGACUUUCCAAAGUUUUAUGGGUAUAUUUUUCACAGCUUUUUAAUCCCUUGACAUUAAAGGGUCAAAAAUUGCAGUCAAAAUUAAGAAGCAUUUCUACAAAAUGCAGGCAGCCCCUUUUUUCGACGGGAGCAUUGUUGGUCAAAGCGAACAGUUUUAGAACAAUUGCCCAGGUCCAAAAAGAGUUGGGGGUUUUAAAAAUGUUUUUACACAGAGGGCUAUAAUCUGGAAUGCACAGCCAGAUGAAGCAGUGGACUUUGAAAUUUUCCAAAAGAGUUAAGUCGCUAUAUUAAAGGGUGAAAACAUUUUCAGAGUUGGGGGUAAAGGAAAGGAAGGAGUCAGUUUAACUUUCAAAGAGGUGUGAUUAGCAUAUUGGAUUCCCUUAUGCUGCGUGAUCUCUUGAACCAACAAUUUUCCAAUUAGCCACUCCAUUGUAUCUUAGGCCCAUGUCUCUGGCACAGGGUUUCAACUGAUUUGGAAAUCCAUAGAUGAUAUUUGCUGAGUAUAUUUAAGUGUGUGAACAAAUGCUUUGCCAUACCUUAAGUUUUCAAAAUGAAAAUGCACAUUUUUUAAAUUCUCAAAGAUAUAUGAAGUGCUAGGUUUUAGGUUUAAUGUGUCAAGAGUAUUUAAUAACGUGCAAAAGACAAAUUAGUAUUUUAAUAGUGAGAGUUUCAAGGAGAGUUGGUGUACUUCUGGUAAAGUAGACCCUGGAUAAUUCUCCCUGCCUUUUAGUCUUAAAUAAAAAGCUUUUCUUACCAGCAAUGUUCCUUUCAUGAUUGUCUUAAGUUGUGCUUGCUGAUUUAUCCAUGGUAUGUCAUAAAUUCCAACCACUCCGUGGCUAGAUGAAAAAGUGUCUAAGAUCACAAUAUUCACCACACAAAUAGUGCACAAUUACUCAAAUUGGUCAUGCAGUCACCGGAUCAUGGUUGAGAUGACAAUUUCAAAUCAUGUGAUCUCAUCCUCUCAGUAAGCAUCUACAUGUUUAAGGUCAGUCAUUGACAUGGAACAUCUGGGAUGGAGAUGCCAUACCUGCACUUGGAAUUAAACACUUGACACUAGAUGGUUGGCUGAUCCUUCAGGUGCCUGUGAAUUCCCAUUUAAAGAAUAAAUUGCUCUUAUCAGACAGUUCAUGUUCUGUUCUGGAAUGUAAGGGUAGACUUUCCAGCAUCAGUGUCUUGGAGUACAGGAUGGUUGACACUGAAAAGCUGCUUUAAGUUUUAAAAAAAUUGUCAUUUGUACAACUGUUUUCACAAUCUCAGGAUUUAUCAAAGCAAUGUACAGACAGUGAAUUAUAUUCCUUUCAGUGUAGUGACUGUUUAAAUGAAAGAAAUGUGGCCUGUUUGUACACAACCCCAGCUUCUACAAACAGAAAUACAAUAAUAACCAGGCAAUCAAUUUAGGUAUGUUGGUACUGGAAACAGCUACCCUGCUCCUCUUCCAAAAGGCAGUGGAAUUUUUUUUGUCAGCUGACAGAUAGGAAUGGUUGGGAGAGGGUAAGAGACACAACCGAAGUGGCAUCACUAACUGACUGUGCAGCAUUCCCUUAUUGCUGUCUUGGGAGUGUCUGCCCAGAUUUUAUACGUUCAUCCAUUACCGUUGCUGUUUACUAAAACAUCUGUAGAAUAUCAAUCCUCACUCACUCCCAUCCCUACCUCUCCUUCACAUUUGCUGACACUGCGUUGCCCUUACUAGGAAUUGCAUUUUAAUUGAUUAAUUGAUAACAGGAGAUUUGUCAAGGUUGAUUUCAGAUGAAAGGUACCAUGGGUAAUUUAGCGAGGGAGCAGCUGUACAGUUGUAUAUAAUAACAGUUCUAGAAAUGGAAAGCAAAAAGCAGUUUCAAAUUAGCACUGUGUAGUGGUAAUGUCACUACCUCUGAGACAGGGGACUCAGGUCAAGUCCCACCUGCUUCCUGAGUUAUGUAAUACCAUCCCUGAACAGAUUAUUUAACAAUAUCAAGUUUAAACAAUGAGUCAAAAGCUAUCUGUUGCAACCUCCAGGACCAGCUGCUAGAUACAGCACAAUUCCUCAGACCAUCUUUCCUAUGCCUCUCCUCCACUAAGCCACUCAUUAAGAUAGAGGGCUUUGACUAAACCCUUGCUCACCUAUCCAAGUAUCUCAUUGUAUAGCUGGGUGUCAUUUUAUUUAACAAUGCUGGUGUGAAACACUUUGGACAUCUCUGUUAAAGAAGUGGUUUGCAAGUUACUAUUUCUGUAUUUGCACAUUGAAGACAAGUUCUCAAUCAUCAAUUUAUUUUUAAAUCAGGGGGGUUUGAAACAAAGCAAGUAAUUUUCAGAGGUGCUCAUCUCAUGAGUCAGUGAGUUGCUGAGCACGUCUUCAUUCUCUACCAUGGUAGACUCCUUCACCAGAACUCUGCUAAAAUUCACCAGUUUGGAUUGCCAAUAGGCUAGUCUGGUGCAAUCUUUAACCUCAGGACCCACAUUGUUGAAUUACAGGCCCUGAUUUUGGCAGGCCCUCUGGCAAUAGGUCAUCAUCCAGUGAUGAGUUUAUCUUACUGUACUUUUCACCUGGGAAAAGAAAAAAUGGACAAAAAGUUUAUAAAAUUGUCUGCAUAAUGGCAGCAAAUGCUAGAACAGUAACUCAUUCCAAGUGCAGCACUUUGAGAACCCCUCCAUCACUAUGGCAUUAUACAAAUACAAAACUUGUUUUCCAUUUACAAUCACUUUUUGUAACCAAAAGAUUUUGUAAGCUAUUAGCCCUGUACAUCCCAUGCAGACUUACUUCAUGGCCAUCAGUGUCCUCUGACGAGACACCCUCCAGCCAUUUUCAAAAUCCUCUUCCUCAAUAAAAUAUACAAUCUAGUUUUCCUCACCACAUCUCUAUGUUCACCCAUUUUGUUGUGUAUUCACCUAUCGUGUUGAUGAAGAUUGUUGUAAUGAUGCAAAAAGAGCUAUGUUCUUGCCCCAGUUGUGAAAAGUGACGCAUGGGCAACAAUCUGUACUAUCAUAUUUCCGUCUGGUCAAAUAAAUCCUUCAUUGGAGUACAGGUGCCA